UUGCCUGAACACUAAACCCAAAAACUUACAAAAAAACAACUAAUACCCCCCAAACCCUUUAAUACCGACAAGAUGAAGUACUCUUUCGUUGCCCUUGCCCUCGCCGCUCUGGCCCAGGCUCAGACUCGCGCCGAUAUCCCCUCGUGCGCUCUGCCCUGCCUCGACGCCGCCGUCACUGCCAACACCAAGUGCUCUACCUCCGACUACGUCUGCAUCUGCAAGGACUUCGACGUUGUCCAGGCCCAGGCUACCAGCUGUGUUAUCCAGAAGUGCGGCACUGACGUUGCCAUCAACAAGGUCCUGCCCGCCACUCAGGCUCUCUGCGCCGCCAACUCUGGCUCUGGCUCUGGCUCUUCUGCCGCCAACACCACUCCCGCCAAGGAGACCACCUCUGCCAAGGAGACCUCUGCUGCCCAGACUUCUGCUGCUCAGACCUCCGCUGCCCAGAGCUCCUCCGUCGCCAGCGCUCCCCCCAGCUCUACUCCCGUCAGCUCUGCUCCCGCCCAGACCACUCCCGCUGGCAACAAGACCACCACCGGUGCUCCCACCGCCCCUACCAGCGGCAGCUCUACCAUCCUGCCCGGCCUUGCCCUGGUCGCCGCUCUCUGCGCCUUUGCCCUGUAAGGGGUUUGACAAUCAACGACGAGAAUGGAGACGUAGCGAUGUUUGGAGGAUAUCGGAUUUCGGGAACGACCUGGUGAGGUGGAAAGGAAUAACGGUGUGAUGAACUACGAGCUGGACCCCAGACGACUUUUGUUGGCUUUGGAUCAUGCGCCCUUUCGAGGGAGGUGUAAUACACAAAAUAUACCAGAUUUACUGGCUUUAAUGCUAAUGUCUUCGGACGACCUUUUUUUACGAUUAUAAACCAACUUGCACGC